AGGCAGAGACACUGUCCGCACACCCAGGGUGGCUGGGCCCUCCCACCAGAGACCACGCCCUGGUGUCCCUUAGGGGCCCCAGUUUGUUAGUCUCAGAGUGUGCAGCUGCUGCACAUGGGGCCCUGGCGCUUGCUGCACCAACUUCCUGUUGGGCCUGUGGUCCUCGGUGGCAUGCAGUUCAGCGGACAGUGACUCAGCCAUCCACCCAACAUGCGGAGCGUGUCUCUUCUGCGGGUCCCGGUCCACGGCAGAACGAGGACUCUACGUGGGACUUGUCCUGAGCUCUGAGAAAGAUGCUGGAAGAUGGGUGGGGACAGGAAGAAUCCUGCCAGACUCACCCGAGGAUUCCCCCUCUGUGAAAAGGCACGCUGAUCUGGAUAAGUGAGGCCGGCCCCAUGUAUCCGGAAUCAACCACGGGAUCCCCAGCUCGACUCUCCCUGCGGCAGACAGGCUCCCCCGGGAUGAUCUACAGUACUCGGUAUGGGAGUCCCAAAAGGCAGCUCCAGUUUUACAGGAAUCUGGGCAAAUCUGGCCUUCGGGUCUCCUGCCUGGGGCUCGGAACAUGGGUGACCUUCGGAGGCCAGAUCACGGAUGAGAUGGCAGAGCACCUGAUGACCUUGGCCUACGAUAAUGGCAUCAACCUGUUCGACACGGCGGAGGUCUACGCUGCUGGGAAGGCUGAAGUGGUAUUAGGAAACAUCAUUAAGAAGAAGGGAUGGAGACGGUCCAGCCUUGUCAUCACCACCAAGAUCUUCUGGGGCGGAAAAGCGGAGACCGAGAGAGGCCUUUCCCGGAAGCACAUAAUCGAAGGACUGAAGGCUUCCCUGGAGAGGCUGCAGCUGGAGUACGUGGAUGUGGUUUUUGCCAACCGCCCGGACCCCAACACGCCCAUGGAAGAGACCGUGCGGGCCAUGACCCAUGUCAUCAACCAGGGGAUGGCCAUGUACUGGGGCACGUCGCGCUGGAGUUCCAUGGAGAUCAUGGAGGCCUACUCGGUGGCACGGCAGUUCAACCUGAUCCCGCCCAUCUGCGAGCAAGCUGAGUACCACAUGUUCCAGAGGGAGAAGGUGGAGGUCCAACUGCCAGAGCUGUUCCACAAGAUAGGAGUAGGUGCCAUGACCUGGUCCCCUCUGGCCUGCGGCAUCGUCUCAGGAAAGUAUGACAGCGGGAUCCCACCCUACUCCAGAGCCUCCCUGAAGGGCUACCAGUGGUUGAAAGACAAGAUCCUGAGUGAGGAGGGUCGUCGCCAGCAGGCCAAGCUGAAGGAACUGCAGGCCAUUGCGGAGCGCCUAGGCUGCACCCUGCCCCAGCUGGCCAUAGCCUGGUGUCUGAGGAACGAAGGUGUCAGCUCUGUGCUUCUGGGUGCUUCCAAUGCAGAACAACUUAUGGAAAACAUUGGAGCAAUUCAGGUCCUUCCAAAAUUGUCGUCUUCCAUCGUCCAUGAGAUCGACAGCAUUCUGGGCAAUAAACCCUACAGCAAAAAGGACUAUAGAUCCUAAGUUACCCCCUCCCCCUGCGCCCCGCCCGGACAGUUCCCGGUCCCCUCCUCGUCUCUGUCUCGCUCGCUUCUGCUGUUUCGAAGACAAAUGCAGAGUGUGGUUCACAACCAAGGGGAAAACACUAUGCCCAGACGUCACCGGGAAACUGACGUCGCCUCCAGAGUCGCCGCCAGAUGCCGCCUGCCGCUUCUGCACUGGAUACUAUCCGACGGAUGCCAGGGGAUGGCAUCAGUUAGGGGGACAUCCAGAGGCUCCUACCCAAGCCCACCACCUCUGCUUAUCCUUCAAGAAGAAACACCUGCCCCCAGCCAUGGCCAUGGCCAUGUGGAGGUCUCGUCCUCAGAGCAGGCAAGGCUAGCCUCUCUGCCAAGAACCGCUGUCUCAGAAGAGGGGUGUGCACCCUUCUCCCAGGGUCCUGGUGGUUAGAGCAGGGCCUCCCUCUUUCCAUGGACACCAGGCACUUUGUUCAAGGCUGGCCUGGGGUCCCACUCUUCCCAGGCCUUGAUCUGCCCCACGUGCCCACCGGGCCUUGGCUGGGGUUAUAGCUACCUAGCUGACCCUCGACCCUACCCUUACCCUUGCUGGCAGGGGCAGGGAUCCCAGUCGGCUUUCCCAGCCGUGCGUACAACUGCUGAGCCCCACAGCAGAGAGGCUCAGCAGGCUUGGAUGGAGCCCGUUGGAGUGUGCCUCUCAAGACAGACACUCGUGGACAAGUGUGGCCGCUGGCCCCACCGCAGGCAGGUGGCAGCAGGCUCGCAAGACCAUACUGCUCUGCUCUCACUGACCUUCCUCCAUUACCUCUGCUGCACUGGGGCAGUGGGUUCAGGACGUGGGAAGAUAAAGCACUUAGAGCUCCCUUGGGUUCUCACAUGGCAAGCUAAGGGACUAAGGGAACAGCUCCAGUAAUAGUCUCCGUGUUGUAAGAAUAGGUCCUCAGGACCUCUCCCUGGAAAAAUGGCUGGGACCACCCAUCCACCUCUGCAUACCAUACGUUGUGCUGGCCUAGGGCAGGAUGGGGACAGGGAGAGUGGGAAAGAUGGGCAGCCCCUUAUCGGUGGGAGCUAUGUGGAUGUUGAUGCCAGGAAGCCUGCAGGUUUGGGCAGUGCGUGCUGUCCAGAGGCCCACUCCAUGGUCUUGUGAUGCUCUGGGGCACAGAGUCCUACCCAGCUGGCUCUCUAGGAGACCAGCCUCCUGCCCUGGACAGGCCGUGGCUAGCUCCAGGCACAAGCCCUGGAUGCACAGUACCCUGGCUUUGCCUUCUGUAGCUGCUAUUCCAAGUCUCCUCCCUGCUGCUCUUAAGGCUGGGCAGAGGUGAGGACUGGGGGUGGGGUAGGGUUAUGGGGAGGAGACAGGAAGAAAGGCAGACAGGGAAGAAAGGUAGAGGUAGUUUCCUCUCUCACACCGCCCCCCUGCCCCCCCCAAAACCCUGGGGCUCUCAAACCUUCCUUGCUCGUAGCUUGAGACCUCAGAAGCAGCCCUGUGGGGCUGGGGGUGGAGGCGGUUGGGCUCUGGUGUUUCCAUGCCUGGCUAGAGGAGCCAGCUUCCUGCAGUGGCCCAGCAGGAGGUACCAGACCUGUCCACACAGCUGGCCUUGGCCCUGCCUGCUAGGUGGGUCAGGCAUGCAGGGAUGCCUGCCCACCAUAGGAGCUACUGCCUGCCUGUGAACCACACCACAGAGCUCAGCUCCUGCAGGGUCUGUGAAAGACAGGAAAAUGGGCUGCAGGCUAAGACCCACAGGAGACCUAGAUGCAGAAAACAUUUUAGCCAAGUGUUUCUGAGAUGUUUUCUUCCAUGCCCACUCUUACGUGCUGGGGAUUUGCUUCUUAAGCUUCUGUGGAGGGGUUUGGAGGAGGGGCUCGAGGCCACAUAGAGCAAGUGCAGACAGCUCUAAGUGGGAGCUUGCCCCCCGGCCCUCGAAGAGUCUAAGAGCCAGCUCCCUUCCUCUGUGGCCUCUCCUUCCUUCAGCCCAGCUGCCUGCUGGUCAGUCCAAGCCAGCCUCACUUUACCUUUAAGUAGUAUGCCAGGCCUGGGGCAGGAGGGGGGCUGUGUAGAACAGCCGGCUGGAGCCCUGCGCUGUUCAUCCCAGACCCCAGGUCCUGAGGCACAGCAGGGCGCCUGCUCCCCGUCAUGUACAUAACCGUGCUUUCUCUCCCCAUUUUUUUAAUGAGCGUGGCUCCUCGCUAACUGCACCCUACCAGGCCGACAGCAAACGCCUCCAGCUUCCUGACAGACUCAGACCAAGGUGCGGCCCGUAUUUAUGGAAUGGCAAAUAAAACCCGAGCCCUUCGGUCUCCA